CGUCUGUGAAGAGACAGCUUGGAUGGCACAGUGACAGCUGAUGAAAUGGUUUAAUACAGCAGAGUUAAAUAUUUGCACUAGCCAGGAAUGCCCGGAGCUGAUGCUUGUGCACUGUUUUCAAAACCCUGCAGAAACAAAGGCACAGGAGGUCAAAUGCAAACAUUAUAAAAGCCAUGCAGGAACCUGUGCAAGCUGCUGGAUGUACCCCUUUUGCAGCAGGGCUGUGUUGUGUUGUUGACUAAGGAGAUUUUGAGUUCAUUUUAAGAAACCUGAGUGCCUUGAGUUAGGAAACGUGACCUGAGAGGCCAAUGUAUAGUGCGUAGAUCUGGAGGGCAUCGAAUAACUGCAGGCUUUGGCCCAGCUCUGAGGAAGCAAGGCGUGCCGCGCAGACACGGUCAGCGUGAGGGGCUGAGGCUCCUCCGUGAGGAAUUACUGGGAGAUACGGCCCUUUCUCCUUGUCGCCCGGCACUUAAGGCGCUCCCCACGGCCGCCCUGCGGAGCUGCCUGGGCCCUGCUCUCCGGCGCGGCCCGCAGCGGGCGCUGUGGUGCGGGAGGCCCAGGCUGGGGCGGAGCCGAGCGGGGCCGGGCCCCGGAGCGGCGGCGGCCGAGCAGGAGGCGGCGGCGGCGGCGAUGGAUGCCAUUUCUACCUACAAGGAAAUUCUGCAGGUGUACUGGGAGACUGCAACGGGCUUUGUGAACGCCUGCUGCGAUGGGCUGGAGCCCUGGCAGUUAGUUGGGUUGACCUUUUCUUCUACGCUUUUAGCCGUAUGGCUGCAUGGCUUCCUCUUCCAGCCCGAGAGUUUAACAUCCCGAAUUAAAAAACAGUUCUUUAAACUACUGAGAAGAAUGCCAUUUGUUGGGGCUAUAAUUCAAAAGAAGAUUGAUGAGGCCUUGAAUGAUGUCACUUCCAGUUUAUCCUUCCUGAAAGAUGAAAAAGAUUAUAUCAAAGCGCUGCCGGAACAAGGCAUGAGCCAGCCUGAAGUACUACAGAAGAUGAAAGAGUACAGCUCAAAAGGAGACAUACGUUGGGAGGAUGGGAAAGUCUCUGGGACUGUGUACAGCGGUGAAGAGAAACUCACCCGUCUGCUCGUGAAGGUGUACGAAGAGUUUGCCUGGAGUAAUCCUCUCCAUCCGGAUAUAUUCCCUGGUCUGAGGAAGAUGGAAGCAGAAGUAGUGAGGAUUGCCUGUACUCUCUUCCACGGGGGCCCCAACUCUUGUGGUGCUAUGACGUCUGGGGGGACUGAGAGCAUUCUGAUGGCUUGCAAGGCAUACCGGGACCUGGCUUACGAGAGAGGCAUCAAACAUCCAGAAAUGUUGGUCCCAGUGAGUGCUCACGCAGCAUUUGACAAGGCAGCCCACUACUUUGGACUGAAGAUGAUUCACAUCCCCUUGACCAAGGCUAUGGAAGUGGAUGUUCAGGCAAUGAGGAGAGCUAUUUCGAAGAACACAGCCAUGCUGGUCUGCUCUGCUCCCCAGUUCCCGCAUGGGAUUAUGGACCCGAUUGAGGAGGUGGCAGAGCUUGCAGUGAAAUACAAAAUCCCCUUCCACGUUGAUGCCUGCCUGGGUGGUUUUCUCAUUGUUUUCAUGGAGAAGGCCGGCUUCCCUCUAAAGCGUCUGUUCGACUUCCGUGUAAAAGGCGUGACCAGCAUUUCUGCUGAUACCCACAAGUAUGGCUACGCUCCCAAGGGUUCCUCCGUGGUGCUGUACAGUGACAAGAAGUACAGGAGCUACCAGUUCUUUGUGGCACCUGACUGGCAGGGGGGCAUCUACGCCUCCCCCUCCGUGGCAGGCUCCAGGCCUGGUGGGAUCAUAGCCGCCUGCUGGGCGACCCUGAUGCACGUGGGGGAGCUGGGCUACGUUGAGGCCACGAAGAGGAUCAUUAAAACAGCUCGGUUCCUUGAAUCAGAGUUGAGAAAAAUUGACAGCAUCUUCAUUUUUGGGAAACCUGAGGUGUCAGUCCUCUCCAUCGGUUCAGACACUUUCGACAUUUAUCGAUUAUCUAAUCUGUUAGCUGCAAAAGGAUGGAACUUAAACGUCCUACAGUUCCCACCAAGCAUUCAUCUCUGCAUUACGCAGUUACACACGAAAUCAGGCGUGGCUGAGCAGUUCCUGAAAGAUGUCAAAGACAGCAUUGAGGACAUCAUGAAAGACCUCAACGCCAAGACCACAGGCAUGGGAGCCAUCUACGGAAUGGCCCAGUCCAUCCCCGACAGGAGCCUGGUAGCGGAGAUUUCUCUGGCCUACCUGGAUGGCCUGUACAGCACCGAAGUUCCUGGUGGUGAAAAGCACAUGAAUGGCUCUCCUGGCCACCACUGACUGUAGCGCAACUAUCGGUGCCUUGCCAGCUAGCACUGGGGUGGUUUUAAUGAAAGGUUUCCUAGGGAAAGAGAUUGCAGUAUAAGCCGUUGUUCCUACAAGUACAGGUCUGAUGGCAGCUUGAUCUCAAAAACUUUAUUCCCCAUCACUGUCUGCUCUGACAUCUGCAUUAUUUUCACACUCAACUUUGGUUUUAGGGCUUUCCUUCCCUUCUCCCUGCCUACUUUCAUCAUGAAUUGAGCGUCCAUUCCAAAACUCCAGACUCCUCAGGUAUUCUGUAUAUCACUUCAUUCCUUGCUGUUUCUUCUCCUCAGACGGUACAUUCAGCCGGUGUCCAGCCAAGCAUUAGAUUUAAGUUUCCAUGUUGUGUUCCAAGGCUUCAAUCUCCCCAGAAGUUGAAGGUAGAAAAUAAAUUGAAAAAUUUUUUUUUUUGAGUAUUCCUCCAAGCUACUGCAUUUAACAAACCAUGCUGGGAGCCUUAUAUUUACGUAACGCAGAGUUGAUAGAUUGGCAAAGGAAAGAUGAUCAUGUAACUUUUUAAACCCCCCUCUGGAGAUCUCAGACUGCAAUCAAUAUUUAUUGAGGGUGUCGGGGGGAAACAGCACACAAUCCUUUUCUGGAACCUCUCUGUUUGAAUAACAGCAGAAAUAGACAGCAAGUGGGUGGUGUACGGAGAGGAACUGGAUGGUACUGAAAAUCCUAGGUACUUAGUAUCUGUUUUGCUUCCCUGCCUCUUCUAGAAGACAUGCAUUGACCACCUAGAGUGCUGUCGCACCUUGAACAGUUCUGGAGAGAUGUGCAAAACAGGGAUUUCACUGUUCAUAACUUGAAGGUUUUGCACUAUCUCACAAUGCUGUAGUCGAGUCAGUGAAGCCCUAGCGUGUAUCAUGGCUAGGGACUUAAUGUGCAAACAUAUGGCACCAAAGCUGACUUUUUUUUAAAAAAACCAUAAUCCUUUAGUAUAACACGGUGACUUUUGUAAUAGAAGUAGUAAUCUGUCUGCUCUUUGCACUGAUUCUUUUAAGGCACAUCCUCAAAAGGGCAUUCACCAUUGUGCCUUGAUGCUUCUCUGGCUUUUUGGGGGAUGCCAGGAAGGGUUUGAGGGGUCAGCUGUUGACUGACUGCAACAUUAGCUGCAGUUUCCUUAUGGUACUAUACUGAAAACAAAACCUCAAAGGCAGACUGGCCGCAGGUAGACUGUGCUUGCCCAUAAGGCAGAGUAGUUGUGCUAUUGAGCCAAGUCCCCUCACAGUAUUACAAAGAUGCUGGCAGAGCUCUGAAAGGAAGGAGAUGGGAUGCAGUAAGCUGGAGGUAGUCGAGCCUUGGGCAUACAGGCUGUUUUUCUCCGCUGUUUUUGCUGUGAGAGUUUUACCACUGUGGCUUGGGAGGCAGUUGUUGCCUUCAGGAUGAGCUAGAACCCCUUGAGUUGUUAAACAGUGGUGGAGUUGCUCCUGCAGGGCUUUCCUGUGUGUUUCGUCUCGGCUUUUGGCAUGCUACUGAGAGUUUCCCAGGCAGAGUUCAGCACCUGGAAGAAGACUUUGUGCCAUGACUGCAGCAUCUCUGCCGAAACGGGCUUGUUAGCCCCAACCUGACCCCCACUGGCUUAACGCAGCUGAAGCACACGCUUGCUCAGUAACUACACAGGCUGAGAAGGCUACUGACCAGCCGCUGCACACCCAAACCUUGGGCCUGGAGAGUGCUGGGAAGAACACUUUGCUUUUUAACAGUUUUAUUAUCCUCAGUGCUAGGAGACAAAGCAUUUUGGCCCUCUCCUGUCACGUUGAACUGAUGGCUGCAGUGCAUGUCUCUGAGCCCUUUUGAAAACAUCGCGUUUGAAUUGCCUGAUAGUCUCUAGGUGUAUUACCAGCCCUGGCAGUCAGCAUUUGUAUUGGACCUAUUUAUUCUGUUAAUGCCUUGCUAACGUGACCAUUGCUGCAUCUCUCAGUUUGCUGUACUGUGGGGAGAGUCUGAAGUGUCUGUCUACUGUGACGGUUCUCUUUGAACCAAGGUUUGGAAAACAAAAAAGGAGGCUACUCGUUUUGUUUCUGCUUUAAAAGAAAGGGGGAAUGGAUUAGGGUGGGGUAAAAACUCCCUCCUCUGCCCUGGUGCCGUCUCCCCUGAGGAAGUGGGUGGAUCAGUGCUCCAUUUCACAUUUUUGAGUGUAUUUGAAGAUGUCAUUUGUAACUCAAUGUACUCCAUUCUGGACUUCACCUACUAGUAAUUUGUGGGUUUAAUUGUUCGAUGUGUAUAUGUUCUGUACUGUAAAUGUAAUCCUGUGGUCAGGAACAGGCCACUGUAAUUUACUGUUGUGUAGUCUUUAUUCAUCCUGGUCACCUAACAUGUAAUCUGCUUCUCCUUUAUCAUGCCAAGUGGUUUUAGAGAAAAAUGAGAUUAACAGGCUAUAUAAUUGUCUCUCUCCCAAAAAGAAAAAAAGGACUGGAUUAUGAUCUGGAGGGAUUUUCCCAACUGUUAAUUCCUGCGAGAUUUCGGACUGGUCAGUUUUUCCAAGCGAGACACUAAAUAUGUUACUUGUACAAAGCACUCCCAAGGGAGUUGGCUGCUCCUAGGUACUAGACUGAAGAAUAUCCAGUUGGAUGGGCCAAGAAGAGAUGUCUGUCUUCAUGCCACGGAUUUCAUCUGCACUUUUCUGGUGACAUGGGGGAAUGGAAGGGUUGCAUACACCACAAUAAUAUCUUGACCAAUAAAUUCAUUGAUUUUUUUUUUAAUGAACAGAUCGGAUGAGUUUCCUCUGAUGGCAGUAUUUGAUAUUGCUCUGGUUUGCCACUGUAAAACUGUAAGCUGAAAUAGCUGAGGAGAUGGUGAAAAUGGGCCUGGUUUGCAUUAAAAUGAUGCACUGAGCUA